AUGUCUAUGUUCGUUAGCAACUACCAACGCGCCUUCGGCACUGCUCCUUAUGCAGGCUGGAGCGGUCACCAACAAUACCAAGCUUCGAAAUAUUCCCAACAGGGAUACUUCCCUGUUCACAUAUACUAUGACGGUGUAUCUCAAGUCCACAUCGACCACAUUACCGUGGAAUUUGAGGAGAAACUCCGCCUUCAUGACCAUUCAGCCUCGUAUCAUUCUCAUACCUACUCCCACUAUGCCGCUUACCCGCAUUCUGCCUAUCCCACCUCGCCGUACUCUGAUGCCUCCGACUCUGAGGACUCCACUAUGGACGAUGAGUCUUACUACCCCUCAACGUCCUUCAACAAUUCUUAUCCAUCUCUUCCGACUUCAAAAAGCCCGCGUCGAAGGACGAGAAGGAACGAUCGAGCAGCCGGCUCCCCAGAUCUCGGCGAAUUUCAUAACGAAGGAGAGGCCGGCCCAAUUCGUGCUGGUAUCCGUCGUGUCACCACCCAGAUGAGACGCGCCUCCGGCUCUCAGAGUCCUUACGACAAGGACGAUCGGAAUGUGAGGAAGAAGAAGAUGUCGUCGAGGAGCGUGAAGUCGGAGCAGAAGCUGACCGCGUUGGCUCGGCAAAAGCGCAUGUUGCAGACCGAGAUGAGACAUCUCGAGGAGCAACUGCACCGGCCAAAGGAGGUCGAGAUGGUAGUGGACGAGUCUCCAGCUCGGUCGACGCCAUCUCCAGCUCAGUCAACGCCAUCUCCACCUCGGUCGACGCCACUAAAGAUCAAAUGUCCCGGGGGAAAGUCUGUGGGCUUCUUGACGUUGCAACUAGGGAACUAUUCCCUUGGGCGGUCGGACGACGACGACGAUGAAGAGAUGCAGGACGAUGAGGAGUUGGUGAGGUUGGUGCCCUAUCCAGCAUCGGACGAGGACGACAGUGGUUGCGAGAGUCCUGUGUAUGAGAGGAGGAGGGUGUUUAGGGUGGGUCGUUCAUGA